AUGAGACUUCAGCAGGGAAGCGAUAAUACAAGUUCUAAGGAAUUAGCGGAGUUCUCAAAAUGGAUCUUAAAUGUUGGUGAUGGUAAGAUACUGGAACCAAAUGAUGGAUUGGUUGACAUAGAGAUUCCUCAAGAAUUAUUAAUUACCAAUUUUGAAGAUCCUAUCAAAGUUAUUGUUGAAAGCACAUAUCCCAAUUUGGUUAAUGUAUUCCAAGAUGUUGCAUAUCUACAAGGAAAAGAGAUUCUUGCCUCAACCAUUGAAGUUGUGGAUAAAAUCAAUCAUUAUGUAUUGGACCUAAUACCAGGAGAAGAGAAAGAAUAUCUUAGUUACGAUUCAAUUGAUAGAACUGAUACGAAUCAUGGACAACUGUAUGUUGCAAUUUCAAUAGUUACUACUAAAAGUGGUCUUAAAAUCUUAAUACAUGACAAAGAGAAUGUCCCGUGCUCGACCACUACAAAUGUUGUAUACAAGAAGGUUUUCUUUGUUAGAUGA